AUGCCGACCACACAACCUGGCUCCGAGGCGGCCCCGGCAGGCGUCAAGAACAACAGGCAGAAUGUGCGGAAGAAGCGAACAGCGGUGAGCUGUGACCGGUGCAAGAACCGCAAAACAAAGUGCAUAGAUCCAGUCCCCGGCCCUUGCCACUACUGCGCCAGCAUCAACGCGCCGUGCAAGACGGACCUCAACCGCCGCAAGAAGCGGCCGUACUACCACGUCUCGGAAGAAGAGUACCGGUGCAUGACGACCAUCCUGCGGCACUACCUGCCGGAAGUCGAGUUCAACCUGCCGUCGCUCAAGGCCCUCUGCCAGCGGCUUGAAGGCCUCAGUGCAGCAGGCGAUGAUGAUGAGAAUGACGACGACGAUUUUAGUGCUAGGCCUAGCCCGAUGCCGAUACCGAUGCCGACUACGACUGCCACUCGCGACGGGGAAGAGGUCUUUGGCCCGGACGAUCCACGACAUCACGGCGACGGAACGAUGGCCACGCCGCUCAAUAAUCCAAGCAGCAGUCCGGAGGAGCAGACGGCUGGCGGGAAGGAGGAAGAGGAGGAGGAGAAGGCCGGUAUGCAGGAGAUACAGGAGUUGCAGGAGCAUCUGGGCUGUCUGAUGAUAGAUUCGCGAGGAAACUACAGACACGUCGGCACGGACUCGUCGAUAGGAUUCAACGCGGCGAUCCGCAUGAUCAAGGGGAAUAACCACCACCACCACCACAACGGAAUGCACGAGGACCAGACGGAAGCUGACCACCCCAAAAAUAACGCGCUACCAGAAAACAUCAUCAUCCAGCCCCUGACUACAACCAGCCUGCCUCCGGCGACUCCAGAGAGCUCUGUGGGUGGCACCGAGUACAGCUACUCAUGUCCUUCCUCUUCUUCUCCUCCCUCGUCUUGCUCGGGCGCCCACAACGCCGGCGUCUACCUCCCUCGGCUCGAACAAGCAUCAGCGAGCAUCCAACGCUACUUCGAUGAAGUGCACUGCCUGUACUGGCUCUUCUCAACGGAACAGUUUCAUGAGCGCGUGCACGAGACGUACAUGACGGGCGGCAUCCUCGCGGGUGCGUCGUGGAUGUGCUGCUUGUAUUCCAUUUUCGCCAUCGGCGGGAGCGGCGGCGGUGGAAGUGGCGUGGAGGGCGCCGGGCAGCAGCAGGGAGCACAGCAGAAGACGUCGGCAGAGUAUCUGGUCAUGGCGAAGGCGCUGGUGCCGCAGGUGGUCGACGAGGCGGAUGUGGAUAGCGUCAGGGCGCUGACACUGCUUGCCCUCGCACUCCAAACCGAGUGCUACACCAACGCGGCAUACCUCUACAUCGGCACGGCCGUCCGCACAGCCUACUCGCUAGGCUUGCACGUGGAGAAGGCGGCGCCGCCUACGCGCGGGCGGCUGGAGCGCGAGCAGAACCGGCGCAUAUGGUGGACACUGUACCUGCUGGAUUACGAGAUGGCGCACCGCUACGGCAAUCCGUGCGCUGUGAUUGACGAGAUGCAAGACGUGCAGGUGCAGAUGCCGUCGGAACAGAUCCUCAGCCCCGGCCCCAACACCCCCCUCGGCUUCCUCGCCGCCUCCUCCACCCUCUGCGCCAUCUCGCGCCACAUCCGAACCGCCCUCCACAACCACCACCACCAAAAGGCCCCGGCCGCCACCACCACGACAACGACAUCACAACCACCACCGAAAGCCCCGAACUCGACAUCCCUCCCCACCCUCCUCACCACCCUCCACGCCUGGCACGCCUCCCUCCCGCCGCACCUCUCCGCCGCCGCACUCCCGCUCCACACGCCCCCCGCCCACCGCCGCGCCCUCGCCGUGCUGCACGCCCGCUACUGGGCCGCCGUCGUCUUGGCCACGCGGCCGUUCCUGCUGUCGACCGCGUUGGGCGCGUUGGGCCGGGGGGCCGGGGGGCGGCGGCGGCGGCGGCACUGCAUGAGGCGAUGGCGGCGGCGGGAACGGGAACGGGAACGGGAACGAGGAGAGGGUUGGGCUGGGGGUGAUGAGUGGAGAGAGGGGGAGGGAGAGGGGCGCCGGACGGACGAGGAGGAGGUGGAGAUGGAGAUGGAGAUGGACUUGGGACACUGCAGCUCGUCGUCGUCGUCGGCGGCGGCGGCGGCUGGUCGCUGCGCGUGCCGUCGUCGGAGUGGUGGAGGGGACGGCCUGCAUGACGACGAGGACGCAGGCAUGGCGUCGUCGUCGGUGGCUGAGAAGCGGCAGCAGCAGUGGCGGCGGCGGGGGUUUGCGGAGGAGAUGUCGGCCACGUGUGUGGGGGCGGCGCGGAGGGGGUUGGAUGUCAUGCGGACGAUGGUGAACAAAAGUGGUGGUGGUGAUGCUGGUGGUGGUACUGGGUCAUCUUCGCUGAGCAGUUUGGUUAAUUUCGACUGCUCCAACUUGCUGGAGCUGGUGCAGGUGUUCCGGCUGGCGAUGGUGUUGGACGAGGAGGAGGAUGAAGACGAUGAGGAGGAGCAGGAGGGCGAGGAGAAAGAGAUGGAGGAGACGACAUCAGCGGCACCGCGCGAACUGUCGUCAUCGUCUAAUUUCUCGCAUGAUAAGUCAUGUUGCUGCGGUGUCGAAGAGGGCGGUGGUGCCAGCAGGACGAGUGCGCGGACAGGGGCAACUAAGAUCAAGGAAAUGUGGACGCAACGGAUUCACGAGGCGGUGGAGAUCAUGCACGCCAUGGAACCGGUGGGAUGGACGGCAAGGGCGUUGCCUGAGCUCUCGGCGCAGCUGCGGGAGUGCGGGAUUUUGGAUGGAGAGGACUGGCGUGGUGGUGGCAAUGGUGGCUGCGACGAUGCUGAGCUAGCGCCACCGCUGGGCAUGGAGGACAUGAUAAGGGAUGCGAUGACGGGGCAGCCGAGUGCAGGUUUUGGCGGCGUCGAGGGCAUGGAAGCGGAUGACAGUCUGGGGACACUGUUCUUUGGCGACGUCCUCGGCGACCCAACAGCUGCGUUCGGCGACACGAUGGACAACAACAUCUUGUUCCUGGACAUCGACUUCGCCUGA